AUGUGUGUGGAUCGCUUGAUUGGUGGUUGGGGCAAUGUAGAAGCACGUUUGAAUCGCGCUGCCUACGUUGGCAACGAUGUCUGGUGUCAGGUGCAAAGGUAUGGGAUGGAUCGCGGUGCUUCCCUCAUUGGUACCUACGAUGGUGCUGCUUUGAUUAUUGGUAGAAUUGGGGUAGAGGACUCUGCAUCUUUGGAGGAGAGGCUUCGUGUGCGAGACCAAGUUGGCCCACUAUCAGAGAGCGAGUGGUCACAACAGCGAGAGGUGUUACCAUAUUUUAAGUUGGAUAGCCUCGCCGUGCUUAUUAACGAAGAGAAUGGCCACAAGGAGAUUAUUCUGAACCUGAUUUACAUGUUAACGAACGAAUUCGUGAGAUAUUGCGCGCUAAAGAAUUACGACCAUCUGAUUCCCGUGGAAGCUCGGCAAGUUCUCAGGGAGAAAUCGCUGUACGAUAAAGAGGACAUCGAUCAGCGGAUUGAGACCCGUAGGCUUCUGAAGGAGAUCCGUCUGGUGCAAUGCGAAGGACGGCGCUGCUAA